AUGGCUCAAGACGCUCCCCAGGACAGCGCGGGGCCCUCGUCUCCACCUCCGCAACUGCCCGACGGAUGGCUCGCGCAGUGGGAAGGCGUUUCGCGAAAGUGGUACUUUGUCCAACGCGCCACGGGCAAGUCGCAAUGGGAAAUCCCAACAGAACCCGUUAUCCUCACCCCCUCUACGACCCCCGGUUCGAUCGGUGCUGGUCCAACCCAGGCUCCUCGAGGGAUUUCGCCGGCAGUCUCGCCAAUUGAAGGCAUGAACUAUGCUGCCAACAGGGGCAUUUUCAGCCACUCGACCGAGAGAGCCGGUUUAUCUGGUCUCCUUGGCUCUCACGGCAGCGGCGGCGGAGGAGGUGGUCUGACGCAACUGGCUGAUCGCAUGUUCAGUAAAAUAUCAAAGGAAUUCAUGCCUGCGAAGCAAGGUGCCAACGCAUAUCAGCAAUUCCCGCCGGGUCACCCGAACCAUCCAGCCUCACAAAACGCGUAUGGGCAGGCUGGGAGACCGCAGUUCCAGUCUGCAAACCCGUAUGGCUAUGCUUCGAUCGGCCAAACUGGCAAUUAUGCCGGCGAUGUACCGCAAUACUAUCCUCAAGGUCAAGCUCCAGCCCAAGGCCAACCCAUGUCCCCGAGCACAUUCCACCAGUCUCAGGGGAUCCAUCCAGACUAUUCCCAGCAUCAGUACCCGAAUCAACCGGCAAUGACUCCUCAGUUUUCUCCCGUUAGCCCCGCAUCACAACACUCAUGGCACCAGCAGCCUCCUCCGGGUUAUCCCCCUGCCUACCAAGUUCCUGAGAUGCAGGGAAGUAUAGACGGCAGUCAAGUGUCCGUGUCGCCCGUUGGUCAACAACCGCAAUGGCAAUUGGGCCCGCAGCCUACUAUACCCCACGCGACAAAGCCUACAGUGAAUCAUCUGCAACAGCAGAACUCCAACCAUCCUGCUCCUCACGCUAGCCAGCCACAGUUUCAUAAUCCCCCCGUGUCUCAUCAACAGAACCCUCAACAGCCGAACCAAUUUACGGGAAAUCCGUACCAACAGGGCCAUCCUAUAUACGAAGCGCCUGGUGAUAUUCAACAGAUGGUUAGACCGCCAAGUCAAAGUCAUCCAGAACCUCCACAACAGCAACAAAUGGCCAACAUGUACCACCAAAACCCUCAACAUGGCUCACAGCACAGCACACCCUUUACGCCAGGAAGCGGGGGAAUACAUGCGCCUCCAGUUGUCGCAUCAAACUUUGCCAACAACUCAUCCAUGACGUCUCUGAGCGGUUCAAACAUAAACCCACAACAAGGAAACCUAUCACACCACCCUAGCUUGGCAUCGCUAUCUAGCAACCAUCCGUCAACCAACAGACCGGCAAACUCCUUUAUUGCUGAGCUGCCGGACAAUCAAGUCGGAGUGAGCCAGCCCACGAGCCAACCCAACAAUCUACCGCAUAUGAACCAACCUCCGCCGAAUGGCAUUGUUUCCGAACUACCCGGUUCAGAGCCCAUACGACACACGCCCACUGAUUCUCAAUUUGUGAGCGGACCAUGGGCAUCGCCUCCAGCAGGCGCAAACCAGUACCCGCCACAAAAUCGAUUUAACAAUGGCAGUGGAUUUUCACGAUGA